UGGCUGCGCGCAUUGGGGCUCGGAGUCUUAAGUGCAAGUUUAGAAUUAUCGCGGGGUGGCGAGGUCCCGGGGCUGCUUGUAAAGCGUGGUUUCUUUCUGGCGUUUGCCGAGUGUGCAGUCCACCUGCUGGGAAGAGGGAAGCAGGGAGAGGAUUUUUUUGUAGGGAGGACCUCUGGGAGCCCUGAAGGAGAAAGAGCAACCGUGGGGGAGGGGGUGGCUGCGGAGCGCCUGAAGGCUGGGCUGCGAACUAGAAGAACGGCUGAGAAGGGGGAGCGCCUGCAGGCAGGGUCCGAACGCUGACGUCAGGGCUGGUCCUGCGGAGGGCCUGGGGCAGCCGCGCGAUGAUCGGGGCCCGGUGCCUGCUCCGAGCCCUGCGCUUCUGCUCCUCCGUUCCCUGCCCCAGGCACAAACCUUCAGCCAAACUGAGCGUGCGAGACGCUCUCGGGGCCCAGAAUCCGAGUGGGGAGCGCGUUAAGGUCCAGGGAUGGAUUCGUUCAGUCCGAUCCCAGAAGGAAGUCUUGUUCCUGCAUGUAAAUGAUGGGUCCUCUUUGGAAAGCCUUCAGGUUGUUGCAGAUUCAAGCUUUGACAGUGGAGAACUGGCUUUUGGGAGUUCUGUGGAAGUGCAAGGGCAGCUGGUAAAAAGUCCAUCCAAAAGGCAAAAUGUAGAACUGAAAGCAGAAAAAAUCGAAGUUAUUGGAUAUUGUGAUGCCAAGGCUUUCCCUAUCAAAUAUAAAGAGAGGCACCCUCUGGAGCACAUGAGACAAUAUCCUCACCUUAGGUGUAGGACUAAUGUUCUGGGUUCUAUACUGCGGGUUCGAAGUGAAGCUACAGCUGCUAUUCAUUCUUUCUUUAAGGACAGUGGCUUUGUGCAUAUUCAUACCCCGAUAAUCACAUCUAAUGACUGUGAGGGGGCUGGAGACCUUUUUCAAGUUGAACCUUCAAGCAAAAUAAAGGUACCUGGGGAGAAUUUCUUCAAUGUUCCUGCCUUCUUAACUGUCUCGGGACAACUUCAUCUAGAAGUGAUGUCGGGAGCAUUUACUCAAGUGUUUACCUUUGGUCCAACAUUCCGAGCUGAAAAUUCUCAGAGCCGAAGACACCUGGCAGAGUUUUAUAUGGUAGAAGCAGAGAUUUCUUUUGUCAGAAGCCUUCAAGAUCUCAUGCAGGUUAUAGAGGAACUCUUCAAGGCUACAACAAUGAUGGUUCUUUCAAAUUGUCCUGAAGAUGUUGAACUCUGUCACAAAUUCAUAGCUCCUGGCCAAAAGGACAGAUUAGAACAUAUGCUAAAAAACAACUUUUUAAUCAUUUCGUAUACUGAAGCAGUGGAGAUCUUAAAGCAAGCUUCCCAGAACUUCACCUUCACCCCAGAGUGGGGUGUUGAUCUACAAACUGAACACGAAAAGUACCUAGUGAAGCACUGUGGCAACAUACCAGUCUUCGUCAUUAAUUAUCCAUUAGCACUCAAGCCUUUCUACAUGCGGGAUAAUGAAGACGGCCCUCAGCACACAGUUGCUGCUGUUGAUCUUCUGGUUCCUGGAGUUGGGGAACUCUGUGGAGGAAGCCUCAGGGAGGAACGGUACCAUGUCUUAGAGCAGCGCUUGGCCAGAUCACGACUUAACGAAGUCUACCAAUGGUAUCUGGACCUUCGUCGAUUUGGAUCUGUGCCACAUGGAGGUUUUGGGAUGGGAUUUGAACGCUACCUGCAGUGCAUCUUGGGAGUUGAAAAUAUCAAAGAUGUUAUCCCUUUUCCAAGGUUUACUCAUUCUUGUCUUUUAUAGCUGGAAGAUUGGUUAAGAAAAGACACCCCAAUGCAGAGGCACUGCAUAUGAAUAUGCACAUAGGAGAAUGCGCGUUUAGAUUUUAGAAAUGCAGAUUUCAGUAUGUAAUUGUCACACCACAAGAUGUAACACAUGAAAAAUAAAAGCGAUCAUGAUUUUCUUAGAAAGUUGAUUGCAUUUCUUGGAAGUAUGAACUUCCUCAAGAAGAGGUACUUACAGCAAGUGGACUCUGAAAUCUAUUACCUCAACUAAGAAGAAAGGAAAUUGAACUAGAUGGUUUCAAAGAUCCUUUCAAACUCUAAAAUGGGACACAGUCUAUUUUACUUUGUCUUUAAUCAUUAUAUCACUUUUCCCUGUGUAACGUUAGAGCACCAACUAGUAGCUAACAAUAAAUUGUUGAUCUUUUUUCUCCUGCCAUUUAAUCUGUGCUAAAUGCCAAUCUUAUUCUUAGUGUUUUACUAAACAUUUCAGAA